GGAGCUGGACUCGAACCCCGCGCCGCCACCGCCGCUGCUGCUGACACUGCGGCUCCCACCCACUGCUGGCAAAAACGGGGACAACCGCACCGCCACCCCAUUCAGGAGAAGGGCAACAUGGCUGGGAAGAAGAAGGAAAUAACACUACAGACUGCCAUUCUGAACCAGGAGCAAUGGGAUGUAAUGUUGGCAGUCACUGGACUGAAUGUGGUGGACGUGUACCAGGCCUGGUGUGGUCCCUGCAAGGCAGUCAUCAGCUUGCUUCGGAAGAUUAAGAACGAGCUGGGGGACGAUCGCUUGCAUUUUGCGGUGGCUGAAGCAGACCUGGUUGAAUCACUACAGAAAUACAGAGGGAGAUGUGAACCCACCUUCCUCUUCUACGGAGGGGGGCAACUGGUUGCUGUUGUGAGGGGAGCAAAUGCCCCACUGCUCCAGAAGAGCAUCCUUGAACAGUUGGGAGCUGAAAAGAGGGUCCUCGAGGAGGGAGCUGAGCGCAAAGUGGUCAAAGAUGAAGGCUUGGCAGAAGAGGUGGAAGAAGAGGAGGUGAUGGUGUUGGAAGACAAUGAAGAGGAGAUUGUGGUUACUGCCCACAAGUCUUACACAGUAGCAAUCAUCAAACCUGAUGCUGUAGCUCAUGGGAAAGCAGAUGAAAUAAUAAUGAAGAUUCAGGAAGCAGGCUUCGAAAUCUUAUCUCACGAGGAGCAGGCGUUAACAGAGGAAGAGGCUCGAGAUUUCUACCAACACAAAGUGGAAGAGCCUCAUUUUGAGGAGCUCAUUCACUUCAUGUCCAGUGGACCUUGCCAUGUUCUGAUUCUGUCCAGAUCUGAGGGAACGGAAGAUGUCAUCCCGCUGUGGAGAGAAUUUAUUGGUCCAACUGAUGUAGAAGUUGCAAAACAGGAGAAGCCUGAAAGUCUCCGGGCUCUGUAUGGGACUGAACAUGUAUUCAAUGCGGUUCAUGGCAGCGAUGACAAGGACCAGGCCAGCAGGGAGCUAGCCUUCUUCUUCCCCCACUUUGCAGCUUCUUCUGAGGCCCAGCGUCAGCUUCACCAAGAUGAGCGGGUGCAGAACACCCUGGCGCUAAUCAGGCCAGAUAUCUUAAAGGAGAAAAAAGAUGAUAUCCUGAAGAAAAUUGCAGAAGCUGGCUUUAUGAUUGCCCUGCAGAAGGAGGUUGUACUGACAGAGAAACAGGUUAAUAAGUUCUACAGUGAGCACACACAGGAAGAAUAUUUCCCAGCUCUCCUUCAGAACAUGACCAGUGGGCCUGUGCUGGCCUUGGCUCUUGCUAGCACCGAUGCUGUUGAACGCUGGAGGAAGUUGCUGGGACCAAAGGAUGUGAAUCAGGCAAAGGAGGAAUCCCCUGAAAGCCUGCGAGCACAGUUUGCAGUGGAAACUGUUCCAAUUAACCAGUUGCAUGGUAGUGGAACACCACAGGAAGCAGAAAAGGAGCUGAAAUUCUUCUUCUCGAUGGAGCAUACACUGGCUGCUGUCAAACCAGAUGUUCUAGAGGAACACCGAGCUGAGAUUAUAAAGAAGAUUGAAGAAGCAGGCUUCGUUAUAUCACAGAUGGAUGAGAAAACAUUAAGCAGGGAGAUGGCAGAAGAGUUCUACAAGGAACACAAGGGCAAGCCAUUCUUUGACCAGUUGGUUGACUAUAUGUCUGAAGGUCCCUCGUUAAUGAUGAUCCUGAGUAAGGAAAAUGCCGUGCAAGAAUGGAGAGAUUUAAUGGGCCCCACAGAUCCUGAGGAGGCCAAGCAAACAGCACCAGACUCUCUAAGGGCCAAAUUUGCAAAGAACAUCUUGCAGAACGCCUUGCAUGGUUCCUCUGACCAGAUCCAAGCUAUGGAAAAGAUCCAGUUUGUGUUUGGGGACAUAAACAUUGGAGCCGAUGGCAGUGUCCAAGGUAUUGAACCAGACCUGGAGAAAGUGGUGAGCCCAGAAUCCAGAGAUGAGUCUGAAGACCCAGAGCCAGAGGCUGGAAGUGUGGAGACAACAGGAAAGGCUGCAGUCAAUGCUGAGGCUCCUGUAGAUUCACUCACUGACAGUUCACAGAGCACUGUGAACGAGAGUUCGCAGAAGAGUCUAUCACAUGAAUCGACAGAGAUGGAGAAAGUGGACGAUGAUGCUCCUGUAGACUCACUCACUGGCAGUUCACAGAGCACUGUGAACGAGAGUUCGCAGAAGAGUCUAUCACAUGAAUCGACAGAGAAGGAGAAAGUGGACGGUGAUGGUAAUGGUUCCAGGAGAGAUUCUCUGUAGCGGGGAGAGAGAACUAUGACUGGCGCUGUGCCCACAGGUCCCAAUACAGAAAGAAAGUACAUCACUGUCUUCAAAUCGGUCUCAGAGACACUAAUGUUGACAGGCUCUGCCUAUGCAGGACUGAAUAAUAACAGAGUUCACUGGCUGGUGCACCUGCCAUCAUCUCGAAUCCUUUCAAUGCAUCUUUCCUUGUCUUUCCUCUUUCACUCUGACUCCCCGAUCUCAGAGGGUGAAGGAGGAGCAGCUAUUGACAUCCCUUCCUCCCAGUGACUGUUCAGUGUGACUGUGCGGCUGCACCUGGAGUUUCAUUCACUAAUGGAGAAAUGUCACAGACAAUACUACCCCCUCUUCA